AUGGACGGCCAUCGCAAGCUCUUUAUAGAGUGGACCCAAAGUGAUCCAGUCGCACUCCUCGUAGGCGGAUCGAUUGGCGCACCUAUCAGAUAUCGGCUUCCUCGUGACUUCCUUCGACGACGGUCACGGGAAUUUCGCACACUACUCCAGCUCCAUCAAGAAGAUUCGGAACCAAUCGAGCUCCCUGACACCCGAGUUUCGACGUUUGGGGAUUUCAUCAUCUGGACGCUCAGAGAUCGGCCGGAGAUUGAUAAAGGUGCGACAUUCGAGGAGGUAGUUCGACUUGGAAUCUUCGCCUGGAAAUACCAAAUAUCCUCCCUGAGCAACCAGGUAACAGACAAGAUCCGUGCCAAUAUAGCCAGCUGCGAGUGGCCACUCCAAGCUUCGAUUGUGGAUGAUAUCUACGAGGCAGUUCCGAGUAAAUGUCCGCUGAGAGAAGUGGUUCGCACCGCUUUAGGACAAUUGCCACGACCAAAUGCGGAAGGGGAAGUAUUGAAAGAUGAUUGGAAGGCCACUUUCUUGAAGCAUGCGGAGCUUGGAUGGGACUAUAUUCAGGCUGGGGCUACAGAAUGGGCAAAAAAAGAUUAUCUUACCGAUGCGUGCAGGUUUCAUGAUCACCAAGAUGUUUCUCACCGCGAGCCGUUUGCUUAUUGCGACGGCUGUCCCUUUGCCUAUGAGGACUGUUAUCCAGAUGAACCACAAGAGGAACCCCCCAAGCCCAUCAAUGGUUUUCGGAUUGUAGAGACGGGAGAUGAAACAGCCACCAACCAGGGUAUUCCAACAGAGGACGCUUCAACCAGUGGAACCGCUGUUGUCAGGGUCGAAGUGCGUGCCGGGGGGGAAUCACAAGACACCGGGGCGAACGGCUUGCAGGGGCCGCACACACAGACUCCGAAACUAAAUGGCAUUACCUCGAAGGAAGGACUUUCUGAAUCCGGCAACGAUGCCGCGGAAACCCAUAUGGAGCUUUCCGUUAACGGAGCUGAGCAAUUUCAGGAGGUAACAAUCGACGAUGUCGAUAAGAUGGAAAAGUCGGAUUCGAUCGCCGAUGUCGAAGGCACAACCGUGACUUCUGAUGGACCUGGUGACGAACCCAGCAGCUAUAAAGAGACUGAAUCAGUUAUCGAGGAGGGAGAUGAGAAAGCUGAUGUAAAGAUUGAGGACAGCAAGGUGGGCGAUGAGGCUGCGGGCGGCAAGACGACACCCGAGUCGAAGCCCAAGGUGAGAAAACCCAAGGUGAAGAAGCGCAGCAGCAAGGCAUGA